UGGACAGACUGGAUAGAGCGCAGCCGACACAGCGACGGUGUGAGUGGAGCAGAGAGAACCGAGGAUGGGGGGCGGAGGCCAGCAGACGGAGUCAAGCGAGCCGGCCAAGGGUGACAGGGGUGGAGGGGGAGGAGGGCGAGGUGGCAGUGCAGUCUACACCUGGGAAGAGGUCCAGAGGCACUCCCACAGAGGCGACCAGUGGUUGGUCAUCGACAGGAAGGUCUAUAAUAUUACCCAGUGGGCGAAGAGACACCCGGGGGGCAUCCGGGUCAUCAGUCACUUUGCCGGAGAAGAUGCCACGGAAGCAUUUGUCGCAUUCCAUCUCGAUGCGUAAUUUUGUCAGGAAGUUUCUGAGAAGCCGUU